CUCGGAGAAACAACCACAGAUUUUACCUGACAAGCACAAGGAAAGGUAGUGUUAGAGGCUAGAAGGAGCAAGAGAAUUAGGAAGCUGGAAAGUUUGCCACAAAAAAAAAAGAAGUAAAGCAGCACCCAGAAAAAGAUGAGUAAAGCUCAUUAGUGGAAGGGGAAACCAUGAGAAGGAAGUAGACUUGGGAGGAGAGGCAUAAAGACACAAAGGGAGGAUAGGUGGAGAAUCAAAAGGAGGCCAAACUAGAAGAUGACAAGGAAGUGACAAGAAGAAGCCUGCAGUGAAGGCGGGGAGAGCGAACGGAUGGCAGCAAGUGCAGCUGGCUUGUAUUGAGGAGGUACUAAAGCCUCUGGCUUGUUUUCCUGCCUUGGUGGUACUAUUUCAGCUUGGCCCACAGGAUGAUGAAGAAGCAGUUUAACUGGAUGCGGCAACAGCUCAGUUACCCAAGUGGACGAGGCCAAGAAACAGCGGAUUACUUGACUGAAGACUUGCUCCAGGUUGAACAGAGAAUUGAACCAGUCAAACGGGCAGCACACAAUGUGCACAAGAGGCUUGUGGCUUGCCUCCAGGGGCAAUACGGGGCGGAAUUGGACAAACGAGUGAAAAAAUUACCUUUGAUGGCAUUAUCAGUCACUAUGGCUGAAAGUUUUAAGGAAUUAGACACGGAUUCCAGUCUCGGGAAAGCUCUGGAAAUGAGUUGCUGCAUUCAAAGCAUGCUGGCCAGGAUCCUUGCAGAGUUUGAAAUUACUCUUGAACAAGAUGUCCUACAACCCCUGAAUAAACUGAGUGAGGAGGAGCUGCCUGUCAUCCUGAAACAUAAAAAGAACCUUCAGAAACAUAUUCUGGAUUGGAACAGCAUCAAAAGCCGUCUAAACCAAGCUGCCAAGAAUUCCAAUAACAGUGUCAGUGCUGUCACAACUUCAGGAGCCUCGUCAGCUGCCUUAAAGUUGGAGAAUCUGAAGGAGGAGGAAGAGGAGAUGAAGAGGAGGGUGGAGCAGAGUAAGGAUGAAUAUAUGGCUGAUUUAUAUCAUUUUUCAACCAAGGAGGACAGCUAUGCUAAGUACUUUAUCAAAUUGUUGGAAAUCCAGGCAGAAUAUCAUCAGAGGUCCCUGGAAUCUCUAAAUUCCAGCUUGGCAGAGCUAAUGAGCUCUGACAACCAAACAGAUGCUCCUUUUCCAUUAGAUGCAGCUGUACCAGGGGUGUAUGGCAUGCCAUUAGAGACUCACCUGAAGGCUGCUGGGCGAGAGAUUGCACUUCCCAUUGAAGCCUGUGUUAUGAUGCUGUUGACCACAGGUAUGCGGGAAGAGGGGCUCUUCCGGCUGGCCGCUGGAGCUUCUGUGCUGAAGAAACUAAAAUACUAUCUUGACAGUGGCUCAAAUAUUCUGGAUGAAUUCUACGUAGACCCUCAUGCUGUGGCAGGUGCACUAAAAUGUUACCUACGAGAAUUGCCACAGCCGUUGAUGACCUCUGAACUCUAUGAUGAUUGGCUGAAAGCUGCCAGUGCCAAAGAACCAGAGGUUCGACUAGAGUGCCUCAAGGAUGUUUGUAAUCUUCUUCCCAAGGACAACUACAACAACAUGAGGUAUCUGAUUCGUUUUUUAGCCAAGCUGGCUGAACAACAGGAAGUUAAUAAAAUGUCCCCAAGCAACAUUGCCAUUGUCCUAGGACCCAACCUACUGUGGCCUCAGGAGAAUGAAAGGUCCCAAGUGCAGCUAGACAUGGCUUCUGUGUCCUCCAUUCAAGUUGUAGGAGUGGUGGAGCCUCUCAUACAAAAUGCUGAGAUCCUCUUUCCAGGAGAUAUCGACUUCAAUGUCUCCAGUCUGUUUACUCCUCCAUUAGACAUCAAAAACCAAAACAUCUCCACAACAGAAGAACCUACAGCCGUGUUUCUGCCUUUGGAAUCUAAUCCCCCUAUUCCUGAAGAAAGGAAAAAUGCUGAGGUUAUUCCAGAAACAGUGUCCUCAAAAGUGACCCAGUCAUCUACUGAAACAACAAUCUGCCCACCUACCUCUCUUUCUGCUGACGAGACCUCACGAAAAACUAAGCGGGUUGCUCCACCCAGACCUACCAUGCCUCCACCCCACCCUCAAACCACACCCCCUGUUCACCGGAACAUGGCUCCUCCUCCUCCUCCUCCAGAGUCUCCCUCCAUCCCUAAAGCCUUGCCCCGAAGAACAGUAGGGGGACCAGCACGAGCCCCAGGUGUGCCACCACCACUCCCUCCCCAGCCUGCCAGGCGGCAGAGCCUCAAAGCUCUGCCAUCACCCAGGCCUCCUUCAGAAGCUACGAACAAUAAGGCAGCUGCAGCUGAAGAGGAUUCUACUAAAGUCUGCAGUAGAGAAACACCCAAAGAUUCCGUCCAUACGAAGAAAGAAGCCAACGAAAGAAAGAACAGCUCUCCAGCUGCUGCUUCUCAGAAUGUAGAAGCUCUAGAGAAUUUGGCUGCGUCUCCGCGAGGGGGACGGGGGGUGGGUGGCGAGUGCAGUUCCAGCAUGGCGGGCUGCAAGCGGUUGAGCGGCGCUUGUCUGCGCGAGGUGCUGGACGAGGCGCAGGGGCUGCUCUUCGACUGCGACGGGGUCCUGUGGACCGGAGAGCGGGCGGUGCCCGGAGCGCCGGAGCUGAUGGAGCGGCUGAACCAGAACGGGAAGAUCACCCUGUUCGUGUCCAACAACAGCCGCCGCUCGGUGGCCGAGCUGGAGCGUCGCUUCUCCCGCCUGGGCUUCCGCGGCGUCCGCGGCGAGCAGGUGUUCAGCUCCGCUCUCUGCUCCGCUCUCUACCUCCGCAAGCGCCUUCUGGGCGGGGAAGCCGGAGCCGGAGACUCGGCCGCCUCGACCCCGGGCCGGGUCUUCGUGCUGGGCGGGGAAGGGCUGCGCGGGGAGCUGCGCGACGCGGGGCUCCGCCUGACCGGCGAAGAAGGGGAUGGCGACGAAGAGCCUCCGGGCCAGGAGGGCCUCCCGGUGCGCGCUGUCGUCGUCGGCUACGACGACCAGUUCACCUUCGCUAAGCUCUCGGAGGCCUGCGCCUAUUUGCGCGACCCGCGGUGCCUGCUGGUAGCCACCGAUCCAGACCCCUGGCACCCGCUUAGCAGUGGGCAGCGCACCCCGGGGACAGGGAGUCUCACUGCUGCAGUUGAAACAGCCUCUGGCCGCAAAGCAACAGUAAUUGGAAAACCAAACACAUACAUGUUUGAAUGCAUUGUAGAGCGUUUUGGUGUAGAUCCAUCCCGUAUGCUUAUGGUGGGUGAUCGGCUGGAGACGGAUAUACUGUUUGGCAAGAACUGUGGCCUUGAUACUGUCUUGACCCUGACAGGUGUCUCUCAUUUAGAAGAGGCACAAGCUUACAUGGCCAGUGACAGCCCUUCAGCUAAGGACCUGGUGCCUCACUACUAUGUGGACAGCAUUGCAGACUUGAUACCAGGCCUGGAUGAAUGAGGGGAGAAGUGGGUGGGUAACAGUCCUAUUUCCAUUCCAGACUGCCAACCUUUCCUCUUCCUGUCUCCCCUCUUGAAUCUGGGCUCAUCACAUUCCAGUAUUUCUUCAAGAAUACAGAGAGUGGGACUAAUUCCUCUCUCAUUCUUUAAGCUUGAUCAGUUUUAUUUUAGACACAGUAGGGGAGCAGGAAAUCUAAUGUGGGGGAAAAAUAGGUUGUUUACAGGCCAAACUAGUAUUUAUUACUAUUUUUCAUCACAGUAACUAUUUAUUUAAGUUAUUUUUGUUUUACUCUAGCCAAUAGUGGUCUUCUUACUGUUGGCCGUUGCUUUACUUUGAAGCAUAGUGAUGUGCUUGAUGUGCUUUUAUAGUGUUUGUCCCCAGGCUUAAAUAUAACCACUGCCAUUCCAUGCCCAUUUUGGAGUUCUUCUCCAUGAACCUAAGCUGUGAAAAGGAAAUAUCAGGUACAUAUUCAGAAAAUAUGACAUUGAGCCUCCACAAAAUGGUCCUUUGGGUUUAUUCCUGUGGAUGUUUAUGUAGUUGAAGUUCAUUCAAACAAUUUAGCUGAUCCAGGAGUCAUAAGAACUAAGACCUUGAAGCUAAAUACAGGAGCCACUCUAACAGAAUUGAGUAAAUUCCUCCACAGGAUCUGUUCCAAAGUGCUUUGUUUUGUGCAGGAAAGAAAAUGACAGCUGUCAAAAGGAACUCAAUGUCCAGACUAUAUAUUAAUGACUUAAAAUUUUAAUCCCACUUUUCUGUCUUGAGUCUUAUCAAGUUAAACGUUUCUUUAUCCAAUUUCAUUUUGGUAUAUGGAAUUGCUACUGUUGCAUCAAACUAAGUUGCAUACAAUAAUUUUUGUGCCACAGUGUUCAGCACUGAUUCACUUUAUCUUGGUAAUUCUCCUGUGGUCACAGCCUCCAGAUAUUCUUGCCUAAAAAAACCCAAGACCUUGAUUCCCCCCCCCUUUUCGCCCUAACCGGGCGAACUGAUAAAUUUCAUCAGUAAAUAUUUUAGCUCUUGCCUGUGCCUGAUACAAUACACCACUGUUCUAGAGGAGGGGUGAACGUGUGUUUUCCCCCUGCCCUGCCAUGGUGUGCUUGACUUGUGGGAUAAUAACCAAUUUUGUUGUAUUUAAGUACAAUGAUAAUAAAGAUUAUACUUAUAAUGUUGGCAUUGCCAGUGGUGUCUAUGUGCCACGGUAGCCCCAGAUCAGUCCUUGCUAUUCUUCUAAUGAUUUAUUAUGUAUUUAUUAGUGUGUUUGUAUAAAUUAUGCUGAUCAAUUGUGCCAAAGUGGUAUGUUGCCUCUGGGCCUACUCACUAACUGUACCUCCAUGAUGUUGUGCUUUUUCUGACACUUGCUGUCAUUCUGCAUAUAAUAAAUUGCAGGCACCAGAUGGAA